AUGCCAACACGCCAAAUAACUCAUCAUUCAUUUUCCUCUAUCUCAACUCAACCACCGAUUAAUGGCAAUCAACACCUUACGCCACCAUAACACCACCGCGAACCAAUCUCCGGCACUACAGCCAUCAGCAUUUAAAGAACUUCAUUAUCGUGGUGUACGAAAGAGGCCAUGGGGACGGUAUGCCGCAGAAAUACGCGAUCCGUGGAAGAAAACACGGCGGUGGCUUGGUACAUUUGAUACCGCGGAGGACGCUGCUCGAGCUUAUGACGAGGCCGCAUUUAGUUUACGUGGGGCAAAGGCGAAAAUGAAUUUUCCGGCGGUGUUUUAUCCGUCAAGUAGCCGUGGUGUGGUGGUGAUCAAUGAGGAGGAACGAAAAUUAAGGACGGAGAAUAAUAAACCUUUUUUGUUUGAUUUGAACUUGCCAGCACCGCUGUUUUGACCGUCUUUUUGAUGGUGGUUUUGGGAUGUCGGAAUGUUUUUUGGCCACGGCUUGAUGGUGGUUUUUGGGUUCUUGGCCACGGUUAAUUAGAUGGUGGUUCUUGUGCAUUAAUUUUUGUAUUGUGUAAUUACAUAUACGUGAAAUUUUAAUUUUAAUUUAUAGAUUAUUAA